UUCGGAUCAACGUUUGAGCUGUGUGGGUAGCAUCGUUGCCCGCGAAACUUGAGGGAACCUUCACGCAUCUCUCCUGUGGGAGCGCAGUGUAUUGUGUUAACGGUGUCUGAAGGAGUUGCCUGCGCCGCGUGACGAAUGUACAACUAACGGGUGCGUGGCAUCAUGUGUUUGUGUUUCACCUAGUGUGUGGUCAAAAAGUGAUCAAAGAGGGACCAGCGCCCGGACCAGAAAGCGUGCAUGUUGGUGCAACGGGAGAUCCGGCAGCAAUCUUGGGUGACGAAAGCCGCGCUCACAGGAUAACGGUCCAGCUCUCAACAUGUGCAGGCCGGGCGCUCCGUCACUCAUGUGGUUCUUUGCAGUAGUGUGCGUCACCUCCUGUCAAACGGCAUUGGCUUUUGAGGAAGAACCUCAAACAGAGGAGCCACGUGUGCACGUAGUCGGUGUGUUGGGAGAAAAGGUAGGCCUGCCAUGCGAUAUGACGCCAAACACGACGGACGACGAGGUGUCCCUGGUGCUGUGGUACAAGGACGACUCGACGACUCCGAUCUACUCAUGCGACGCGAGGCGAAGCCGCCUGGCCCUAGCGCACCACGCGCCCGCAGACUGGCUGGGACACAGGGCCUAUCUCCGGGUCGACACGGCCGCGUCCCCCGCCUUACUCGAGCUCUUCCCAGUGCUCCAGGAGGACGAGGGCUUAUACCGGUGUCGCGUCGACUUCAGGAAGGCGCGGACGCGAAACUACGAAGUCGUUCUCAAGGUCAUCCUACCUCCAAACGAACCCAUCAUCACGGACCAGAAUGGAGAGAUCCUGCCCAGCAAAAGCAUCAUCGGGCCAUACAACGAAGGGGACCGUUUGCUUCUGGUCUGCCAAGUUGAAGGAGGCAGUCCCCCGCCAGUGGUGACGUGGUGGCGUGAGUCGUUCCUUUUGGACGACCAGUACAACGUAACCGCUCAGGGGAUUUCGAGGAACGAGCUGGAGGUUCCUUCUCUGGGCCGUAACGACCUCAUGGCCACAUUCACUUGCCUGGCCACGAACAAUAACAUCUCCUUCCCUGUGUCUGCCUCAGUCACCGUGGACCUCAACUUUCGGCCGCUGUCGGUGUGGAUUGAGGGUGAACCGCGCCCGCUGUCUGCGGGCAAAGCAGUUACCCUAACGUGUCGGUCGACGGGCUCUCGUCCCCCGGCCUCCAUAGAGUGGUGGAAAGCCGGUGCGCGCAUGAACGCCACGCAGCUGAACGGUACCAGUGCCCUCAGCUUCGUGCCCGUCAGCGAGGACUCGGGAAAGCACCUGUCGUGCCGAGCAGAGAACAGCCUCAUUCCGGGCAGUGCCAUCGAAGACGGAUGGAAGCUCGAGGUCCACUACAUUCCCCAGCUGAACCUUCGACUCGGCAGCAAACUGCGCCACCAGCACAUCCAGGAAGGGAACGACGUGUUUUUCGAGUGCGAUAUCCGCGCCAGCCCCUGGGUGAGCGAAAUUGGCUGGCGGUUCGAAGGCAAAGACCUGGUCACAAACACGUCGGCGGGCAUCAUCGUGAGCAAUCAGUCGCUCGUCCUCCAGAAGGUGGACCGCCUUUCGCGAGGACGGUAUACGUGCACGGCCACAAACACCGAGGGACAGGGAGAAAGUAACCCGGUCAACCUCAAGGUCCGAUAUGCCCCUGUGUGCAAGCCUGGCCAGAAGACGGUGUACGGCGCAGCACGGCAGGAAGCGGUCCGCGUCAGUUGCGAGCUAGAAGCCGACCCGCAAGAUGUCACUUUCAGGUGGAGGUUCAACACGUCCAGCGAAAAUCUGGGGGCCUCGAAUGUCGUCAGCGAAGGCAGCCGCAGCUGGGCAACUGUAGUUCCACAGACGGAGGACGACUACGGAUCUCUCAUCUGUUGGGGAAAAAACGGCAUAGGGAUCCAGAGGGAGCCCUGCUUCUUCACGAUCAUUCCAGCUGGUCCUCCCGACCCGGUGCAGAACUGCAGUAUGAGUAACCAGACAGAAGACUCCAUUGCGUUGGUGUGUACCGAGGGUUACGACGGAGGUCUCACGCAAAGUUUUCGCAUGGAGCUUCACGACACCAUGCAUCGAAUGCUAAGGGGAAACGUGACGGUGGAGAGCAGUCCCAGCUUCGUAGCCCGCGGUCUUCCACCCGGAACCAGCUUCGUGGCUGCCGUGUAUGCCGUCAACUCUCGAGGCCGUUCGCCGCCCACUGUGCUCAUCGUGAACACAUUAGCGGCGCCCGUCAGCCUUACGAGAAAAGAAGGCCUGUGGCAGCUCAACUUCAGCCCUUUGUUAGCUGCUCUGAUCGCAGUCGUGGGAGGACUCGUCGUCAUUGCCAUUGCUAUCAUAAUUAUCAUGAAACUCCGUGGACGCCAGCAACAGGAUAAAGGUCAAAGCAGAAUGAAGAAGGACGAUAAGUCUCACAUGCCAUUACAAAAGGACACAGACGACAACACAGAAGCCUUCCACGAUGAAGAAAAAUGCCCGGACAUCAUACCAGAUGUCCGCAUGGGUGACACCAUAGUCGCCGGGUCUGUAAUUGAAAGCAGUUUUGGUGGCACAACGAAGUCGUGGGAAUCGCAACACUACGGCCCUGCGAACCGAGUCACAUUUCACAAGAGCCCCGAGUGGAGUUCUCCUCGGGCGGUACGAGACACCAUCCUGUUGACACCGUUACAGGAGUACUCUACCUACCCUUCAGAGAAUGGCAAGGAGUAUGACAAGGUACUAGCGGAGCAACCAGCGAGUCAUUUAUCGAGUUUCAAGCCCUUACCCAAUGGCAGUGGGAACUGAUGAUGCGCUCACAGGGGUUUCCGUGAUAAACCCAAGCAGAUGCCUUCAGCACAGUCCUGGUCACAGGGCCCUCCUUUACGGAGUCUUCCCUUAAAGCCAGCAGAAAUACCAACAUGAAGCUGUGCCGUGAGAUCACAGACUGUUCGUUGACCAAGAUAGCACACAGGAGAGCACAGCGGGCUGUGCGUGGUCUUCAUAGGCACACAUAUGAGACCAGUUGCGAGGGUGCCUUUCAUUAACGAGGUCCAUAGACGAUCGAACCACGUAUGUUCUACCUCAAAAAUGAUUUACCUGUGCGUAGUGCAAAAUGUUUGUUGGUUUUUGACAUCAUCUGGCAAGAUGACGCCCGGGUGUCAAACAUAUCUUUUGUAGCACAGAUACUAUAAAAGGAAAGGCUUUGUUGUCAAAGUGAAAAGAAAGCAAUGAAUGCAAGAUCACCCCACCAAACUGAAAACUGCCUAUUAUCACUAGUUUCGUAGUCGUGAAAUAUUGUGUCAAAAAUAAUUCAACUCCUUACUGAUCACAGAGGGCAGACAGAAUUAGUAGUCUGCACUGUAGACUGGUGCAAGUGCAGAGAUGUGCUGAAGAAACCACCAGCCUACUGUGUCAUGUCCGUGUGGUUUCUUCAGAGCUUAUCAGUCAUAUUACGGAAAACCAACGAGCCCAGAGGUUCACUCUUCUGGUGCAAGCACAUCUCUAUUUCAGGUGCAGCCAACCACCAGACAAAAUGGUUGAGGUAUGAAAACAGUGAAAGUGUGGAUGAGCUGGUGAUGCAUAUUUGAAAUAGCAGUUAUUGCAACAAAAGAUGCACGUAAACAGGACAUUUCUGUUUGUGCGUGUAUUCUGUGGUUGUGUGUCUUCACCAAUCGCUAGUUCAAAUAUGGUGUGAUUGUCAACCACGCGAAUAGAGCUGUGCUGCAACAAACAUAUACUCUCCUUUGUGCAAAGUAUCCUGUGUUUUUAUGGUGCAAGUUGCUAAAUUCGCUUGCAGUUUUGUUGUAUUAUACUUUGUGGAGAUCCAUCUCAUUUUUGUAUUUCGUACAACCGUAGGGCAAAAUUCAACCCGUGAUGAAAGGCACUACUCUGCGACAUUGUGAAAUACCAUCAACCUGUAAAUAGGACAUGAACACAUUUGUGGACGUAUGGGGCGCGCCUGUAUCAGGCGUGUGUUGCCCCUCAUCUAACUCUCCAACGGACUAUCAUUAAAGGUUUUCCUCACACUCUA